AUGAGAUGCACAAUAACAUACUACAACCUAGAGAAAAAAAUCACAUCAAACGAAGUAAGCCAAAAAAUAAUCUUAACUUCUUCCUCUUUUUUCUUUUCUUUAUAUUUGAUCAUAAAUAGCUUAUCUUUUCAUAUCCUCGACGAGAUUCUUUUCAAAUUGGAUCCCAAAUCUCUGGUAAUAAUGCAAUGCACAGAGAGAUCUAUCAGAUCACACAUAUCCAACGAUUCGUAUUUCAAAUCACUUGAUUGGGAAUUUUAUCGGUUUAAUCAGUCUUUGUUGCCCUCUCCGAUGGAAUUAAAUGAGAAGGUGGACGUCAUGACGAUGGUUCAUGAUGAUGAACGCUUCUCCUUUCCAAGUGUUACAAUGGAAAUGAUUGAUAAAAUCUCACCAUAUGCUCAGAAUCUGUUGAAGAAGAAAAAUGAAACAGAACUUAGAAAAAGAUUCUUAGUUGAAGAAGAAACAAAACUGGAGGUGCUUUCUUCUUCUAAGUUCCUGAACGUGGUGAGAAUCAACAAAAGAAGAAGAGUGAAGUAG